AUGGGCUCGUUUGCUGCCACAUUCUUGCCUGCCCAGCUCAGGUCGUGCUGCCUGUGCGGCGUGAGCAUCCUGCCCAAUGCAGCGUCCAUGUGUGUGAACUGCCUGCAGGGCCAGGAGGACAUCACCCGAGACAUCAAGAAGCAGAUACACAUUUCCUGGUGCAAGGGCUGCCAGCGCUACCUGCAGCCGCCAAACCACUGGAUGCAUGCCGAGCCGGAGAGCAGGGAGUUACUCACCUUUUGUAUCAAGCGCGUCACUGGGCUGAACAAGGUCAAGCUGGUGGACGCUGGGUUCAUCUGGACAGAGCCACACUCCAUGCGGCUGAAGACCAAGCUCACCAUCCAGAAGGAGGUGCACGGCGCCAUCCUGCAGCAGGUGCUGGUGGCAUUCGUUGUGGAGUAUGUGGUGGAGCGCCACAUGUGUACGGCGUGCAAUCGCCAGAAUGCGAACCCAAACUCCUGGAUAGCCUGCGUGCAGCUGAGGCAACAUGUGACGCACAAGCGGACUUUCUUCUACCUGGAGCAGCUGAUCCUGAAGCACGGCGCAGACGAGAACUGCGUGAACAUAAAGAACAUCCACAAUGGAGUGGACUUUUACUUCGGCAGCCGCGCGCACGCCUGCAAGUUCAUAGACUUCCUGCAAAGUGUGGUGCCGCUGCGAUACCGCCACGACAAGCAGCUGGUCAGCCACACCAUCCACACCUCCGAGUAUAACUACAAGUACACCUUUAGCGCGGAGAUCGCCCCCAUCUGCAAGGACGACCUGGUCUGCCUGCCCGCCAAGACGGCGCUGGGGCUGGGCAACCUGGGCCCGGUGGUGCUGGUCACCCGCGUGACCAGCGCCAUCACGCUGACCGACCCCCAGACCAUGCGCAGCGCGAGCCUGGAGGCGGGGCAGUACUGGCGCGCGCCCUUCCGCCCGCUCAUGCACGCGCGGCAGGCGGUUGAGUUUGUGGUGCUGGACUGCGAGCCCGUGCAGAGCUCCCACGGCGGCGGGUACAACCACGGCGGGCGCUGGCAGCUGGCGGAGGCCACGGUGGCCAAGGCCGCAGACCUGGGCGCCAACGACAAGGUCUCCAUUACGCGCACCCACCUGGGCCACCUGCUGAAGGCGGGGGACACGGCGGCAGGGUACGACCUCUCCUCCGCCAACGUGGCCGACGACGCGCUGGACCGCGCGCUGGCGGCGGGGCUGGCCCCGCCGGAGAUCGUGCUGGUGCGCAAGUCGUACGAGGAGAAGCGGCGGCGGCGCGCGGCGGCGGGCGCGCGCCGCGCCUGGAAGCUCAAGCGCCUGGACGGCGUGGAGGCGGGGGAGGAGGACGAGGGCGGGCGCGGCGCGCGGCGCGCCGCCGCGGAGGCCGACGCCGCCGCCGCCGACAUGGAGCGCUUCCUGGAGGAGCUGGAGGAGGACCCGGACAUGCGCUCGCGCGUCGCCGUGUACCGCGACGCCGAGGCGGCGGCGGCGACGGCCGCGCGUGCGCCGGCCGCCGCCGCCGACAGCGAGGACGAGGAGGACGACGACGUGCCGGGCAUCCCGCUGGAGGAGCUGCUGGAGGACCUGGUGGCCAUGCAGAUCGGGGAGGAUGGCACGCAGGGCGACGAGCUCUUGGACGACAUCUCGGGCAUGCAGCUGGGCUGA